AUGAAAUUCCUCCGACCGAGCAGACACCGAGACCUUGCUCUGCUGUCUUCCAUACUCCGCGUCUCACAGCCCAUCUGUGCCAACUGUGCAUGUCUCCAGGGCCAAUCCGAUGGCGGCGCUCGAGCCAAUGUAUCCUCAAGUCGUCCAUUUUCGGUGCUCAAUCGACCUCCACCAAACUAUCCUGGUCAUGUCCCCCUCACUGGCGUUGAGCGCGUAGGCCUAGCAAUUGGCAGCGCAGUCACCUCACUUAUCGACCCCUACAGGCAUGACAUGGUCGCCGCAUUGGGCGAAGCCACGGCACAGCCCUUCUUCAUCUCAUGGCUGCGGAAUCGCAUGCUGUCAGACCCGACGGGGAGGAGAAUACUACGAGACCGCCCACGCAUUACCUCCAAGACCAUGUCUCUCGAGAAACUACGACAGCUGCCUGACAACAGCGUGGGAAGAACAUAUGCAGCUUGGCUGGAUAGGGAAGGCGUCACGCCCGACACCAGAGAUGCUGUACGGUACAUUGACGAUGAAGAAGAGGCAUAUGUCAUGCAGCGAUACCGGGAGUGUCAUGAUUUCUACCAUGCUGUGACUGGUCUGCCGGUGUGGGCAGAGGGAGAGCUUGGAUUGAAGGCGUUUGAGUUUGCAAACACCGGAUUGCCCAUGACGGGACUCAGUCUAGCUGCAAUUGUCCGCCUGAAGCCCUUGGAGAGGCAGAGGAUGUUCCAGAUCUUCCUGCCGUGGGCCUUUUCGAACGGAUGGAAGAGCAAAGAUGUGAUUAACGUAUACUGGGAGGAAGAACUCGAGACGGACGUUGGUGAACUGCGCCAGAGGCUAGGAAUUGAGCAGCCGCCGGAUCUGAGGGCAAUCAGGAAAAAGUUGAAAGACGAGCGCAGAGCUGCAAAGGCCGCCAGAGCCGCCAAAGAGGCAGCGGCACAGUCUGUUGCCCCUCUUCGACCAGAGGCGUGA